AGUGGCCAUGGUACUACAAGUCUGAAGGGAGCUUGUGUGUAAGCCGUUGUAUUACAGUGUGUGAUAUAUCGUUGAUAUCUCGCCCAUAACCUAUCAAAAUGCAGGGCCAGCCCCGGUAACUGCCUGUGUUUGGCGUGUGAUUAACCUUGUGACAUCUCUGUACACAUGUAACAGUUGCUCGACAUCUCGCCGUGAUGGACUCUGCCGAUGAUUCUGUCACACGACAUGAUGUCGACACCGCGAUGGACUCUGCCGAUGAUUCUCUCACAGGGCAAACAGCCCACACCUCUCUCCUGGAUGAUGAUCACUUUGACUUGUUUGCGGCAGUCGGUACUACCACAGACUCUACCGAUCUGGGAGGUGCGGAUGAUACUGCGGCUGUUCACACAAACAACGGAGGAAUUACCAACCCUCUAGAUGAUCUGUUUGAUUUCUGCUCAUUGCCCUCGCUUCCUCUACAGCUUGUACCUGUGAAUGAAAGAUCGUCUGGUCACCCUGACCUCCUGAUUGAUAUUGGAGAGUCUGACCCCAGCAAUCUGUCCCCGGAAACGGCACCUUCAGACAAUCGUUCCCUGGGAAAAUACCCUACAGACAAUCAGUUCUUAGAAACAGUUCCCACAGACAAUCUACUUGGAGGUGAAAUAACGGAACAAGUGCCUGCAGACAAACCAAGCAAGAUUCAGUCUUGGGACAAACUGGAACAAGAGAUUGACUCCUCGUGGACGGUCGUUGAUAAAGGGAUGACCGAUGACCCGUUCUGUGACGACAUGCUGUUUGGUGAUGGAGCAGACAAACGGAAAUCCUCUUCUGGUCAGCAGGUACCCGAUAUACUCGCAGAUGACUUACUGAGUGGGACGCCCGAUCUCAUUAAUAGUCAUGAGGCAAACAUGGAUGGAGUUGACAAUGAUGACAUAUUUGGAUUUCUUGAAGACGCAGAUGUCAACAACAGUGCCUGGCCGUUUAAAAAACGUGAUUCUUCGUACUCAUCACAGAAAAGUGCAGUAAGUACAACAGUGCCUAACUAUUUAGAAAACAUCACAAACUCUUACUGA